GGCGGGCCGGGGGCCGGGCUGGGCGCCGUGGACCCGCAGCUGCAGCACUUCAUCGAGGUGGAGACGCAGAAGCAGCGGUUCCAGCAGCUGGUGCACCAGAUGACCGAGCUCUGCUGGGAGAAGUGCAUGGACAAACCGGGGCCGAAGCUGGACAGUCGGGCCGAAACCUGCUUCGUGAACUGCGUCGAGCGCUUCAUCGACACCAGCCAGUUCAUCCUGAACCGACUGGAGCAGACUCAGAAAUCCAAGCCGGGCUUCUCGGAGAGCCUGUCCGACUGAGCGGGAGCGACCGCAGCGGGAGAGGCGGCCCGCCCCCGCCCCUUCUCCGCCGGAGGGAUGAGCCACCUGCGGCUCUCGGCGGGGCUUGGGAUCCGUGGGGGUGGAGGUGGGGAUGAAUUGUUUUUUAAGGUAAUUUGGGGGAAAUUCUGGGACAGAUGAAUGAAUGAAAGGCUGCAGUGGGGCCCUUUGACUUUCCACGGGCCCCUCGGGGGCAGGGCCCGUCUGGCCGCUAGCUCUAAGCCACCCCACGCCGGGGCCACUUGGAGAGGAAUCUGACAGCCGCCGCCGGGCCCGUCAGUGGCGGACACGCGGACGGGUACCGGGCAGGACCCUCGCCCGUCUCUUAGUGGGAGGGGCGGCCCGGCAUCGUCACCGCCGGCCCCCCGCCCAGUCCCGUGCGCGCUGGCCCGGGUCUCCGCAGAAGCAUCUCGGCUCCGAGGGUCGUCCGACGCCCUCGCUGACGUGUUUAACUUCUGGGUCUCUCGUUGGCUCCGCCGAUGGAGCGGGAGGCAGAAGGUGCCAGGGUGGGGCAUUGAUGCCCCAGCUCCGAAGGCCGCCCUGGGCCCAGAAGAACCUACCCGGUGUUUCAGGGUUUGCGGUGACUGGAAGUAAACUCGGCCAGGUACCUAGCAGGCAGCUGCUUUCCGAAAGAGAGCGAGCUGCUCAUCUGAGACGAAUCAGGUCCGAUUGAUUGUUCCAUUAACAGCGAUGAAAUAAAAGCCCGUACGCCUCUUUGCAUUAGGUUGGCGUGUCUGAUUGGGAAGGUGUCUUGCCCUGAGGGCUGCCUCUCCUCAGGAACAAAACGGGGCCAGGGAACACGUCUGCUAAUUCCGUGGUACGUUUUCUCCCAGGC